UAUUCUAUAACCUCAAAAAUGGAUUUUAAUGUUUGUAUAUUGUUUAUCAACAUUUUUUACUAUUUAAAAAUCUGUUGAUACACGAUUUAAGCUCUACAGAUGCUUACUAAAAAAUUCUAUGAGAAAAUCAAAUUGAGGACCCUGUCCAGAAACAUCUAACAAUAAAAUAAUGGACAAGCUUUCUAAGAAAUUUCUGGCAUCUAGUUGCCUGUUUUGCGCAAAUUCUUCCACUAGCGUGAGAAAAUUUAAAAUAACAGAAGAUUAUGGAGGAGGCAAUACAAUACGAUAUGACCUAACUAGUUUUCUCGGCCACCAGAUCGAACCCUACUUGAAAGACGACGAUCUUUUAUGCAGUAACUGCAUGAAUUUCUUCGAAAAUAUGGCAUACACCAAACGAAGGCUUAUAGAUUUUUUACGGAAUAGGGAUGAAUCUGAGGAUAUAAAAAUGCAGGGUUUCAACGAUAUAUGGAAGGGUUUUAAAAAAUUUGCUGUGAAUUUGGUGAAAUUCAACCCAAACGAAUCUGAGGAAACGUGGGAUUCACCUGAUAUGCACAGCCGAAGUGCAACUCCAAAUCCUUUGGUACAUACAUACUCUGAACCAUACAAUCAAGCUUAUGAGAGGGAAAUUUCAGAAAUUGAGAGAGCUAGAAGUAGAACAGCAUUCUCCGAAGGCAACUCUGAAACAGAUCUGGAGGUGAGAAAUUUGUUCUUGAAAAGCGGUAGACGUAAAAAAAGAGGUCAUAAUUGGACAAGAAGAAGAGGUGAACAGAAAUCUAGAGCCUUAUCCAGAACAUAUCCAGCCAUUUAUGAUAAUUAUGAUAGAAACUGUUAUUCUUCUAUAACUAGAAUUAGUCAAGCAUCAACAAACAAAUCACCAGACAAAAGAUCAACACAUUCUUCGAGAAAAAGGAGAACAGUAGAAGGAACACCUUUAAAAACACGGUCUGUAAGUCGUCUAGAAAACUACCUGGCAGUUGUCACAGCAAAAAGAGAAUCAAAUAAAUUUUAUUGCGAGGAGGUCAAAUGUUCCUUGUUCUUUGAUAAGCUGGAGAAUUUUGUUUUACAUAAAAGAUAUGAUCAUAGGAUAAUAGCAAGAUUUCCUUGUCAGCAGUGUCGUUUCAAAGGCACAACCAGGAAAGAACUGGAAAUGCAUCACUCUAGAUUGCAUGACAACGAAAUCAUAUUGUGCUCCCAAUGUCGGGCUGAAAUUGAGGGAUCUCAGAAAUUGCAAGAGCACCUUAAAAAACAUCAGGAGUACUCUAUAGGAUGCAAAUUUUGUUACCUGAAUUUUCUCUCUAAAGCAGAUUUGGUGGAACAUGUCACAUUGGAACAUCAAGGAAAAAAGACAAAGAAAGUUCAUGAGAAGCCUAGAGCCGUAUUCCAGGCUAUCAUAAACACAGAAAAGACUUCCGUCAAUAAUAAUUACAACAAUCUCAGGACGAAUAGAAAAACAUACAAAUCUAUAGUGCUCAAUGUGGAAAAAUCGCCUUCUCCCGAAAUGAUAUUUACCCCACUGAUAGCCAAAUCCAGUUCCCCCCUCCCUGUAGAUUCCGAACCUCAAACUAUUCGUAUUAUAGAUAAGUCCCUUUCUAUAUCUGUGAUAAAUGUUUGUUCAGUGCCUGGCGAUUCUUGCAGCAAUAAUGAAAAUGUGAAUAGUAGAACAGAAGACGGUGAGGUGUCGGUAGAAGUCACAUCAACUAAACUUGGAAUUCUAUCAAAGCAACCAAACACUAGUACGGAACUAGCAGAAGAAACAAAUCGCUCAAACAUAGAUCCUAGUACAGCUGCUCCUCAAGAACUUUCAACAGAGUCUGAAUCGUCACGAGAGGAGAGUAAUUCGACACCCCCGGCACAUUUGAAGUUGAAUUUAUUGGAGAGUAAUCUUCAGUUGACUACUUUAUUCCCUAUUGUAAUAUUGGAAAGGAUGGAUUUCGAGGAUUGAAUUUCAUUCAUUUUAACUUUUCUAAAUAAUGUAAAAAGAAACCAAUGUUCAUUUUGUUACUAGUGAAAGUUUAUUUAUUUAUGACUAAAUUAUUGUUAAUAUGAUGGAUUUCAAUUUUUUUGGAAACUUGUACAUAGAUGUGUAAAUAUUGUAUGAACAGCUUAGAAACAAUCUUUUGUCCAAAUCUUGCAAUAAAUUUUAUAAUAGUU